AUGUGGUACCAGUCGGACACAGCUGGAGUGAAAGUUCCAGAGCUUGAUUUGGAACUAGCCAGUGGAACAUUGGGUGGAAUUGUGACAACUGUUGAAGGCUUGAUCGCCAAAAUUAGUGAAAAUCUUGAAAGAGUACAUGGAUUUACAUUUGGUGAUAGUCUUGAUGAGGCUAAGAGGAGCAGGUGGCAGGACUUCAGAGGAAAAUUGGACAAGCUGCUUAGCCUGGAAGAGCCUUGGACUUUGAUUAUUGAUGAUUCCCUGGCAAAUUCUUUCAUUGCACCUGCAACUGAUGACAUUAAAGAUGACAAUCAGUUAAAGUUUGAGGAGUACGAGAGGUCUUGGGAGCAGAAUGAGGAGUUGGGCUUGAAUGAUAUUGACACCAGUUCAGCUGACGUUGUUUAUGAAUCAACUGAUGCU